AUGUCUGCACGAACCUCCCCGUCAAACGUUUCAAAGAAAUCAGGUAUUUUUACCUUUGGAAGAGAAACAGUAAGACUAGAAAAUGAGAUCAAUAAUUUUACCCGGUACCUGGAGCAUAAGCGGAUAUAUAUUAAAAUGGCGACAUGUGCCAACCUGCCAACUUGGCACAACGGUCCAGACCUUAUGGCUACAGACUCCGAGUCAAGAAUCAAGUGCAGCCUCAGGUAAUGUGUAUCCAGAUAUGUUUUUGCGCCUUCAUGUGUUUGGAAAUGGAGGUGGUCAUCAACAUCCUUUGGAUCCAAGGAUCCAUGGGCAUUCCUCUACCGAGAAGCUGGGGGUUUUAGCCCAAGUCACAGUGGAGCAGUUUUUGUCCUGUAGCUGUCGAAGAAAGGACUUUGACACCUAAAAGACUCCAAGGAGUUAAGCUACUCCAGUCCUUCACUUCAGAAAUCCAUAAGCCGCCCACCAAGACAAAGUGGAAGGUCUUUGGUGACUGCGCCACCAGCAUGGCGAACGCCUGACUUUAAAUAACCUAGAGCAUGAGCGAAGAUUAUCAUUGUUGCUUGACAAAGAUUUAAAAGAAAUCAAGCAAAAUAUAGCAAAUGUUAAAAAAAGCAGAAAUCCGAAGUCCAACAGUUCCAGAGCACAAGAAAAGGUAAAAGCGUUAGAGGUCAGAUUAGACGCAGCGAAUAAGCAGCUUGGAGAAGUUAGAGGACAAGCUAAAAAGCUUGUGAUAGAAAUUAAUAACAUGAGAAGAGCUUCUUAUAGCUUCGCGACUGGAAAUAUAAGCGCAAAAAGAGAAUUGGAAAGGGCUAGAUCACAAAUUAUAGAGACUAACAAAGAAUCAGCUGAGCUCCAAAAAACAGUUGAAAAAUAUAAUGAGAAUAUUAUGAGCACUCACAGCAGAUUUGAAAGCAAUCGAGACAUUUUAGCCCAAAGUGUAAGCUUACUGAAGACUAAUUUAAUAGAAGACAGAUUUGAAGGGACAAAAUUCAGGCAAGGCUUUACUGUGAAGUUUGCGCAGCCUAUAGCAGAUGCUUCAGAAAUGCAUGCAAUUUAUAAAACCCAGUCCCAAAAAUGGGCAUCAAAAUGUGAGAAAACGACUGCUGAAAGAGAAAGAAUAAGGUCGCAUAUACAUGAAUUAACUUCUGCAUUAGAAGAAAUGAAGAGGCAAAGCAAGCUUACUAGUCUAAAAGAUUUGGUAGAGCUAUUUACAAGCAGUGUAAAUGAGGACUCAAAAUUAAGUCAUUAUCUAUAUUCUGUUCUAUGUACAUUUUUUAAUAUUUUAAGUAUUUUUUAAUUGGUGUUAUUUUAUUUAGAUCUGUAUAUACAAUUUCUGAAGAAAUUUUCCAAAUAAAUGAAGAGGUAACUAAAAAUAAAGAAAAAGUCAACGAAAUUACUAGAAGCAGCGGUGAAGAAAACUUAAACUUUAAUUAUUUAUAGAGAAGCAACCUGCAGGUCUGCAGGUCACUACUCGCCUUCACAUACGCUGGGCCGCCUAAUUCCAGUCUAAAUACAGCCUUCCACUGCGUUGCUCCUCACUGAUGAGGCUUGCACACAUUACCAUGCCGUUGGUCAAGAGGAUUUUCUGGUCGGUCUGUCAACCAAAAAGGAACUUGGAUCCCAGAACAGCUCCUAAUAUCAUGGGGAUUUUGCCCGGCUGACUAAGUCUCAUCCUGAGGUCUUGCUGGGUGUCACCUUUCCAGCUCAAGCGAACCACCUACCCAUGGAUAAAGCCUUGAUCUCUAUGUGAGCAUUCUAAUCUGCUAAACCCAUUUAAAGUAAGCGGUGAAGAAACCAAAGUUGAAAUUAUUGAAAGACACAAAGAAGCUUUGAAAAAGAUGAGAAAAGAAAAAGAAAUCGCCACAGGCAAGCUAAAAGGAUUAAGAGAAAAAAUUACUUUUUUGCCAGAUGGGUUUAAAAUGAUGACUGAUGCGCUGGUAAAUUUAGGUAUUAAUCAUGAAAUAGAUCUUCCAGAUUUAGAUGAAGACACUGUCACUAAAGUUAUGUUUGCUCUAGAAGAGUCAGUUAACUCUAUGAUGUACUGGAGAAACAUUACAAUAGAAAAGCAGCCUGAAUCUACGAAUUCUAAGCAGACUCUUAAUGUCAAUGAAAUUGAUAUCGAAAAACUAAUAGAAGACGACAUCCCGAAUCUUCCAAUGUCCACAAAAGAAUUCCAACAAAAAGCUAUAAAAUCGUUCAGAAAGCUUUCAGACCAGUAA